AUGGAUCCAAAACAUAGAAUUUCAUCAUCUCAUCAUGAUAGCAUUGCCCCAAGUUCGAUGAAGUCGAUAUCUGAUAGUAAAAUCAAAUCAUUUGAAUCUGGUUUACCACCGAAAACAACAUUGUCAAGAAAAGAACAAGAAGAUUUACGUCGAAAAAUGGAAGAAAAAGAAAGACAAGAAGUUUUUAGAGAUUUUGUUGCGUCGUUUGAACCAGCAAAUAAAUUAGGAAAAACAUUUAUCAAAGGUGGAACAUUUAAUCCUGGUUCUCAUGAAGAAUCACCUCAAGAUAAAGGAAAAGCAUAUCGUCCAGCAGCACAUUCAUCAAGAUUUAGUGAUAGUAGUACUCCUCAUCGAACAUCAUCACAUACACCAAUUAAAAAAGAACCAACAACACCGACGACAGUGUAUAAUACAAAAACCAUGGAAACAAUUCAGCAGCAAGCAAUCAAAAAUGCAGCAAGUUUAGCUGAUAAUAAACCGAAAAUUAAAAGUGAAAAAGAAAAAAGAAAAUCAAAUUUAGAAUCAUUUAAAGAAGAACUAAAAAGAAUACAAGAAGAACGUGAUCGUCGUCAUACACAAAAACAACGAGAAAAAGAUGGAAAACGCACACGAUUUGAACCACUACCAGUUGAGCCAAUGAUCGCCUCUGAAUUAGCUCUCGAUUCUGAAUCAUUACAUCAAGAAAGUCGUUAUGCAUCAGACGAUCCUGGAACAACAAACAUAUUCUUAAGCAAUUUGAAUCGAUCAUUAAAUGAAUUGAGUAUAAUGGAAAUAUUUGGUCAGUUUGGCCCAUUAGCAAGUAUAAAAAUCAUGUAUCCACGAACAGAAGAGGAAAAAUCACGUGGCUCUAAUUGUGGUUUUGUGGCGUAUAUGAGUCGAAAAGAUGCAGAGCGUGCUAUCGCUGAAUUGGAUGGUCGUGAAUUAGGCAAUCUUCGUAUCCGUUUAAGUUGGGGUCGUGCUGUGCAUAUUCCACCGCAACCAGUAUAUAUUCCUCCAUCAAUGCGUGAAUUAAUCCAGCCGCCACCACCCUCAGGUUUGCCCUUCAACGCCCAACCCAAUACGAAAUAUUCAUCAUCUAAACACAUUGAUAUGCAAAAAUAUGUGAACGGAGGAAUAAUAUCAAAAUAUGACAGAACUUUUGAAAAGUUGCUUGAGUAUGCAACAGUUAAAGUUGUUAUUCCACAAGAUAAACCAUUACUUUGUUUGAUACAUCGUAUGAUUGAAUUUGUUGUUCGUGAAGGCCCACUAUUCGAAGCCUGUAUCAUGAAUAAAGAAAUGAAUAAUGCACAAUAUAGAUUUUUAUUCGAAAAUCAAAGCUCAGCACAUCUUUAUUAUCGUUGGAAAUUAUUCUCUGUCAUUCAAGGUGACAGUGUAUCUAGCUGGCGUACUGAACCUUUUAAAAUGUUUACCAAUGGAAGUACAUGGAUACCACCACCUUUAAAUCAGUAUACUCAAGGAAUGCCUGAUGAAGCAUUUGAAAAAGCAAAACAAGAAUAUGAUGGUGUUAGUGCUGCUAUUAAAAGAGGACGUUUAAGUGAUAGCCAACGCGAUCACUUGGAAGAUUUAUUACGUUCAUUAACGCCAGAGAGACCAAAAAUUGGUGAUGCCAUGUUAUAUUGUAUCGAUCAUGCUGAAGCUGCUGAAGAAAUAGUCGAUUGUAUUGCUGAAUCAUUAUCUAUACUUCAAACACCUACACACAGAAAAAUUGCCCGAUUAUAUCUCAUAUCCGAUGUCCUACAUAAUUGUAGUGUACGAGUGACGAAUGCAUCUUAUUUCCGUCGCGGUUUUGAAGCCCAUCUGGCAGACAUUUUCAAGAAUGUUCAUGAUACAUGGAAAGAAAUUGAUGGCAAAUUGAAAGCUGAACAGUUUAAACAAAAAAUAAUGAAUAUUUUUCGGGCGUGGGAAGGUUGGGCUAUUUAUUCAAGUGAAUUUUUAAUCAAAUUACAAAAUAUAUUUCUUGGACUAGUCAAACAGAAGCCAACUAAUCAUUCAGAUAAUAGUUCCGACCCAACGGAUCCUGGUGCCUUUGUAGGUAGUGAUGAAGAAAUUGAUGGAAAACCGGUUGCUGUUGAUGUGGAUGGCAAACCAUUAGCUUUAGUUGCUGAUUAUGACGAUGAAGAAAUCGAUGGAAAACCAAUUUUAAAGUCACGAGAUGACGAUAUUGAUGGCAAACCAUUGAUUGAUAAUACAACACACCAUGUGCGGUCAAGAUUUUCCGAAGAAAUUAAUGACACAUCAGAAUCAUCAACAGUUAAACCCCGUUUUGUUCAAACAAAAUGGGAAACAGUUGAUCCAUCAAAACUUGUUGAGCAAGCUGUAACAACAUCGAAAUGGGAUUUGUUUGAUGAAGAAAAAUCAAAUGAUGAAGUAUCGCAUACGCAUACUAAAUCGAAAGCAAAAGAAAGUCUUUAUGAAGAUAUAGGUGAAGAAGAAGAACUGUCAAGAAAACAAUCAUCGAACACAUCUACAGCAUCAAUGAAUAUGAAUACAUCUGAACAAUCAGAUGUACAAAACGCUACUAAUCCGCAUACAAAUCGAAUCAAUGAAGAUAUUUACAGUAACAGUAACAGCAGAGGAGACGAUACAAAACAAUCAACAUUAACUUCUGUUGUGAUACCUCACUCAACAAAUUCUACAGGAGGAGGAUUUGCGUUAACUGGUGAUACGGGUGAAUCAAAAGCAGCAAAUGAAGAAAGACGGCAGAAAUUACGAGAUAUCGAAGUAAAAGUAUUGAAAUAUCAAGACGAACUUGAAUGUGGACGAAGAGAUCGUAAACAUGGUUUAUCACUAACUGAAGAAAUCGAAUUUUAUAGACAAAAAUUAUUGAAAAAAGAAUGCGAGCACGAUAAACAAACUACAUCUUAUCCAACUUCUCUGAUAAGUUCCGACAAUAAACUAUUACCUUCAUAUUCUUCCAAUGAUUCAAAAUCGUUUUCAUCAAAAUCUCAUCUCAAUACGAAAGCAACAGCGUCGACGUCUCUCUCUACGCCUACUACUUUUUCAAGUAAUUCAAGCAAUAUUGUUAGCCAUACAUCAUCAUCUUCAUCUCGACAUUCACAACGAAAUAAAUCGCCGAAUACAAAUUGGGAGAAAAGUACGUGA